CGCGGUAGUAUCUCUGGACACAGUCAACACUUGACUUCACCUCGGUGUCUCAUCUCUUGCGUCUACCUCUAAACGACUCGUUUCUUUCGGAAGUAGCUCGCUCUGACUCAUACAUAUAUAUCGUUAUAAGUUUUAAGACGACUUAAACCACCCUCUUGGGAGAAUGUCAGAUUUCGACAGCAACCCGUUCGCGGACCCGGAGAUCAGCAACCCGUUUCAGGAUCCAUCAGUGACACAAGUACGACAGGCUGCUCCUCCAGGGUUAGAGGAGUACAAUCCCUUCACAGAUGCCAAACCAACGCAUGGGGGUAUGGCACCCAAGACGGCAGCACCCACCAUCAACACACAACCCGCCAUUAUGAAACCCACAGAGGAGCCUCCGGCCUACUCGCAGCCUCAGGAGCAGUCGGGAGCAGCUGCGGAGCUGUUGAGGAGACAGGAGGAGCUGGAAAGGAAGGCUGCAGAGCUGGACCGCCGGGAGCGGGAGAUGCAGUCACUCAGUGCUUCAGGAGGUAGGAAAAACAACUGGCCUCCCCUCCCGGAGAAGUUCCCUGUGGGUCCCUGUUUCUACCACGACAUCACAGUGGACAUCCCUGUAGAGUUUCAGAAGACAGUUAAGAUCAUGUACUACCUCUGGAUGUUUCAUACUGGGACGCUGCUGGCUAACAUGGUGGGCUGUCUGGCCUGGUUCUGUGUGGACGCGUCACGUGGGGUGGACUUCGGCUUGUCUAUCCUCUGGUUUCUGCUUUUCACACCGUGUUCUUUCGUCUGCUGGUACAGACCACUCUAUGGAGCGUUCAGGAGUGACAGCUCAUUCAGGUUUUUCGCCUUCUUCUUUGUGUACAUCUGUCAGUUUGGCAUCUACGUUAUGCAGUGUAUCGGCAUCACCGGUUGGGGCGCCAGCGGGUGGAUCUCAGCUCUGACCGGCCUGAAUCGCAGCAUCCCGGUGGGCAUCAUAAUGAUCCUCAUCGCUGCUCUCUUCACCUCACUGGCUGCCAUGUCCCUCAUCAUGUUCAAAAAGGUCCAUGCGAUGUACCGCACCACCGGCGCCAGCUUCGCGAAGGCACAGCAGGAGUUUGCCACAGGCGUCAUGUCCAACAAGACGGUCCAGACGGCCGCUGCUAAUGCCGCCUCCAGGGCUGCACAGACGUCCUUCAAGGAGCAGAUCUGAUCGGCCCAGAGAGCUCGCUCAUCUCUCCGUCCAACCCGUACCAGCCCUCCUCCUCUUCCUCCUCCUCUGCUCACACCCAGCUUCCACUUGAGCCAACUGCCCUGUUUGAACACAUGGAGAUUCCCCCCCGCAGCCUUCUGACAAUAUCAAAGUGGUUCAUGUGAGGGCGCCCGUCCAGUCACCCAGGAUCUGUGAUCUCAGUACGACCACUGGAAGCAGGAUUCAAAACAGGGCCACGGCUCUCAUCACAGACUCUGGGACCCCCCCGACCUCCGCUGCACUCCUACCACUCAACCAGCGUGCUCAACUUUAUGUUCUCUCUCUGUGUGAGUUUGUGCCUGUGUGUGUGUGUGGCCAACUAAAUGGAUGUUUGUGUGCCUCUUUAAAUGUCGAGUCUGUCCUCUGUAGGCAGAUUCUAACGUAGCUGAACCAACUCUCUAACGUGUCCUGGGCAUUCACACUACCACUUCUCUCCAUGUCACUGACUUCCUGUGUCUGUGAUCCAUCACUACUUUCUAUUUUUUUAAAUUAAUUUAUUAUGGGACAAAUGGAAGUCAAGUAGUCCUCUC